CCCCCAACACAAUCUCACGCAACAACGGAUCUCUCCCCCUCCCCCGUCCCCUUCCGUCUCUUGUGCUGCUGCGGUCCCAGAGAAUCGAGAGUGCUCUCUGUGUCUCUAUCUCGAGAGGAAAGAAAGGGGGCGGCGUCGAAUGACAGCCACGAUGCUUUCCCGAGAAGGUGGAAGCGGAGGAGAUUGACUAGUGCACUGGUCCGUCACUGUCCUCUUGGCAUAUGCUGCAGGGAAAAGAAGAGGCGAGGGAGGAAGAGGAGGAGGAGGAAGAGGAGGAGGGAAGAGAAGAGCAGCGCAAACUGGUGUCGACAUACGUCGUGCUGCCGUUCCUUCUUUGUGCACUCGGGCUUCGCGCUGGGCAGUUGGUCUCUGGAAUAUAGGGUUUAUGGUCGUUUGAAGCAUGACGGGCUUUGGAGGUGCUCCACCCGUCCUGAAUAGUGCGAUUUACGUGUGUCAACUCCCCCCUGGAACCGAUGAAAUUCUCUUAGCUGAGCAUUUUGGAACGAUUGGGCUCCUCAAGAAAGAUAAGAGGACUGGGCGGCCUAAGAUCUGGAUUUACCGGGAUAAGGUGACCAAUGAACCCAAGGGGGAUGCUACUGUUACUUAUGAAGAUUCUCAUGCCGCCUCUGCAGCUGUUGAGUGGUUCAAUAACACCGACUUUCAUGGUGCCCUCAUCAGUGUGUCCAUUGCAGAGUCUAAGAACAGAGACCAGCAACAAGUUGAUCAGCCCGUAGUAGUGGGAAUGCAGUCGCCGAGUGCAACAAUGCAAGUGCCUGUGACAGAUGUAGUACAGGAUCAAGUGGACGAAUUUGCGAUGGACCCGGCGGCGAUGAGCGACGGUGGUGGAACUGGAGGUCUGCCGGGCGGUGGAGGGCGAGGGAGGGGUCGUGGGGAACCUGGAGCGAAAGCCUGGCAACAGGAGGGGGAUUGGCCGUGUCCAAAUCCAAGUUGUGCCAAUAUCAACUUCGCCUUUCGAGGAGUUUGCAAUCGUUGUGGUACUGCCCGCCCUGCUGGUGGAUCAAGCGGUGGUGCUGGAGGAGCGGGUGGUGGUCGCGGUCGCGGUCGAGGCCCUGGUGCAGAUGCUGGACGUGGCCGCGGUCCGGGUGGCCCACCAGGCUUGUUUGGACCUAACGACUGGAAUUGUCCGAUGUGUGGAAACAUAAACUGGGCCAAACGUACGAAGUGCAAUAUAUGCAAUACAACCAAGCCUGGCCACAACGAGGGUGGAGUGAGGGAAGGGAGAGCCGGAGGCUACAAGGAAUUCGAUGAAGCGGAGAUCGAGGAGACGAGGCGACGGAGACGGGAGCUUGAAGACGAUGAUGGAGAGAUGUACGAUGAGUUCGGCAACUUGAAGAAGAAAUUUCGCCUGAAAGCCAAGCUCGGGGAUUCAGCUGGGUCCACUAUGCCCGGUGCUGGCAAGUCAGCUUGGGACAAGGAAGAGCUGGGGAUUGUCGAGCGAUCAGGGAGCAAAGAGAAAAGCCGAGAUAGGGGAAACAAGGAGAAUGACUGGGAGCAAGAGGGCAAUCGAGGCUGGAGCCGUGAUCGAGACAGUCGAGACCGAGAUGAGGGUGGCAGGAACGGUCACCGAUCUAGAGACGAUGAUCGUGGUUUGAACGAGUAUGACAAGGGCCGAGGAAGAGAAGACCGAGGAGACCGAGAGUGGCGUGAUAGUGAUCGAGGGAGGGACGUCGACCGCGAUUCUUACCGAGAGAGAGAAAGGAGUAGGGAUCGUGACAGGGAUAAAGGAAGGGGAAAAGACAGAGAAAGAGACAGGGACCGCGACAGAGACAGGGACUGGGAGCGGAGCAAAGAUCGAGAGUGGCCUAGAGAUAGGGAGCGCGUUAGGGAGCGGGAUAGAUUUUUGGAUUAGAACUAAAGCCGUAGCCAUAUUUGCAGUUGGGUUUUCGAGGAAGAAUCGAACAGUCUAGGUCCCGUUUUUGACCCAUGUGUGGAUCUGAGGAUUGUCUCCCGAGCAGCUUUUAUUAUGCUAGUUUGGGAAAAUCAGGUCCUUCAAAGAGCUUACUCGUUUAGACCGGGGAUGAUAAUAUCAUCUGUAGUACGCUGCAUUUUGGCGCGUGAUCUAGAACUGAUAUUGGGAGUUUUCCACACAUGUUCAGUACUGUGUGGAUACCGUCCUAUCUCUAUUGGCUUUUUCCUUUGUACAUUACUCGAGACUGCGUCUGCUUAGAAAGAAAGCACGAAUAGUUUUUGGGUAUCUCUGUGAUUUUGCUAAUGUAAGGAGGUCAACUCGACCUAAACUUUC